AUGUUCUUCUUUCGUAGAUACGCUACUUACAAGCGAUUCAAUGGGAAUACGUCAAGUAGUAGUUACAACUACUUGCAAGUAUUAACUUCCCGUAAAGUGGCGUAUUUCGCUGCUGGUUCAAUUGGAUUCUACGUAUACAACCUUCAUGAAGCUCCAUACACCCAUCGAAAAAGAUUCAUAUGGAUUCCUUAUUCCUUAGAAGAGAAGGCUGGUGAUUAUUCAUACCAGCAAAUCAAAGAACAAUACCAACACCAAAUCUUGCCACCUUCACAUCCAUUGUAUCGUCGUAUUCUGAGUAUUAUGAAUAAGCUCCUAGAUGUCGCUUUAACAGGGGAAAACUCAGAAGUGCCUAAUGCACAACUACAACAUUUGCGUAACCUUAAAUGGGAAAUCAAUGUGGUUGCCAGUGAAAAAGAUCCUCCCAAUGCAUUUAUCUUACCCAAUGGGAAGAUCUUUAUAUUCAGUUCUAUCAUACCAAUAUGUCAAGAUGAUAAUGGAUUAGCCACGGUAUUAUCCCAUGAAUUAUCACAUCAAUUGGCACAGCAUUCCCUGGAACAAUUAAGUUAUAAACCAAUAUAUACCUUGUUGUCCAUAUUGCUCUGCACUAUAACCGGUGUUCCCGCCGUACGCGAGUUGUUAACCUUAGGGUUCUCCUUGCCAGCAUCAAGGGAAAUGGAAUCGGAAGCAGAUAGAAUAGGAUGUGAGCUAAUGGCACGGGCAUGUUUUAAUCCAGAAAGCUCUAUUGGCUUUUGGCAAAGAAUGAGUCAAGUUGAAGCACAAGCUGGAAAAAGUUGGGAAGGUUUAAACCAAUGGCUUUCUACUCACCCGGCUACUAGUAAACGUAUCCAUGAUAUUCAAAGUUGGAUGCCGGAAUUAAAUCUGAUUAGAGAUUCAGCUGGAUGUAAUCAUUAUUAUGAUUUCCAACAAGGUGUGAGAAAUUUCUUUAAAUACUAA